AUAUCCAGUGUGUCUACUACACGCGGAAUGUUUUCCCCAUGAAGAUACUACUGUAAUGUAAAUAAAUAUAAGUUACUUUCACCACCAAUCACGCCACAAUAGCAAAGAAAGUAAGGAAAAGCACCAGUAGGGGGCAAUCACACACUUCCGCUGCUGCUCCGAGCCUCAAGAGGAGGAAGAAGAAGGAAGCGGUAGGUACAAACCGAAAACAAAACAGCGAAAUGUUCGGGGAAAUUAAACCUGUGAAAAUUAGGAGUUACAGUGAAAACAGGAAAUACGGAAUUGCCGCAAAAGAUGUGAAGGAACUACUGAAGAAGGCCUGCAAUUUGCUACUGGUGCCACUCUCUGGUGCACGUGUUUGCUUGUAUGAGGACGGGACAAUAGUGACGGAGGAAUUCUUCCCAACUUUGGCAGAUAACACCGAAUUGGUUCUUAUAUCUAAAGGGCAGACCUGGAGUGGAGUUGUGUGUGACAUCAGUCAGCUACUCAACACAGACCGGCAUGCCGACAGCCUCAUUGAAGCAGCGAAGGGGCUCCUCUCUGAUGAGAAAUCUUCAAAGAGGCGUAAAAUCUUGACAGACCUGCUACAGAACCUGGAGGAUAGGUCGGAGCUGGAGAGCAGAGAGGAGGACGAAGACUGGUUCCAAGGUGUUGAUUCUCGAUUUAAAACAAAGUCUGCCUACAUGAAGUACAACUGUGAAAGCAGGAUACGCGGCUACUUGAAAGAGCUGGAUGAUGCCACCAAAUCCAUACAGAAAGCAAAAGUGAGGGCAGAGUUUUUGAAAACCUCCCACAGCCUCGCAGAAAUGCUGAAAAUAGCCAAGUAUAAUGGCUGCUACUUUGACAGGACUGAAAAGCAACCAGAUCGCCUUUGUACUCAGGAGGGAUGGUUCACCUGCCAGGGAUCAUUUGAUGAGAAAGUGUGCAAAUCUCUUCACUCUAUCAACCCCUAUGGAAGCCGCGAGGGCAGGAUUGUCUUCAGCACUUGGAAUUUGGACCACAGGAUUGAAAAGAAGAGGACAGUUAUUCCCGCUCUGCUGGAAGCUCUGCAGAAUCACAGGAGCACUGACAUCAACCUGAACUACUUCUACCAACUCCUGUUCACGAGGGAAAACCUGAAGCUGGUCCACAUCGUCUGCCACAAAAAAGGAGCUCACAACCUGCAGUGUGACACCAAAAAGAUCUAUAAUAAUGCCACCAAGGAUCUAAAAGCAAAACAGAAGCCCAAAGUAAAGAAACGGCGCAUGACUUGAAGUCCUGUGACAAAUGAGUGGACUGUGAUUUGUUUGAUAAACUUGGUAAAUAAUUUACUCUGAAAAGAACCCAUCACAUCAGUUGGAAAGGUAAAUUUGCCUUUGCAAUCUCCCCGACGUAGUCGUGACAUCAGCUUCUGAGCUCCAAACCCACCAUGGUGAACUUUAAUUUCAUAUUGGAAGUGAUCGACCACACUUAAGAAACCAUGAAAUUCAUUUAUUUGUUCACUGUAUUGGCACUGUGAUGUAAAGUACACAAAUUAAGUACAAAGAUGA